ACAGGAUUGGCUGCGUGGGAAAUCCCCAGCCAAUAGAAACGCUAGUCUCUCCUGUUGAUAUUUUUCGCCGGCAUGUGCGUAUUGAGAAGGCUGCAGUAUUUCCCUCUCGAUUAAGGUGAUGUAAACCCACAACGCAGUCACCAUGCCAAACUGCCCAAGAAGGUUGAGAGCGAGCAAAAAUGAGAAGAGAGAGCAAAACGAGCAGGACCAGGAGGCACCUCCCACAGAAGCAGCCCUGCUGGACGCCACUCCUUCCACCCUGAUAAAAUUCAUUAGAGAAUCCACCGCGAAACUGGAUGUCUGCGAUGAUCCCCUCCCGGUGCUACGAGGGAUCAUCAACAACUGCCCACAUGAGCGUCUCACUGGAGAUGAGGCGAGGAAUUUUGAGGAGGCCGCCAUCGACGCCGUCUUCAAGCUCAGCAGGGUGCUGCUCAACCUGAUCACCACAAAGAGAGGCCCUGUUGCCCAGGUCGCUGCCCUCGCGCUCUUCAAUAUCAUCCCUGCCGUCGUGGGGGUGAAGAAGAGCGUCCAAUUCCUCAUCUCAUCCUCCAGUGCCCUCAGCAACAUGUACACAAAGCACUGGUCAAACGGAAUGAUCCACUGGGGCAAAGCUCCGAAUUAUGAGAACCUAGAUGAAAACACAGAUUGCUUCGCUCGGCUGCAGCGGAUGCACUACCUGAUGCGCAUCCUCAACUGCCGCAAGGAGAUGCUGGAGCAGCAGACCAGCAUGCUGCGGGAGCAGCUCAAGAAGCACCAGAUGUAUGUGGCGGGUCCGAGCCGGGCGAGGAGCAAGCGCCGCUACCACAAGCGCCAGAUGGUUAGCGCUGAGGACUUCCAUGAGUUCAAGUCGUCCCUGAAGAAGGACUCAGACGAUCUGGGGGACUGCUUCUCCAAACUCAACCUGGAGAUGGCGGUCGGAAGGUGCAGGAAAGAGGCCAACAACAGCAGCAGCAGUUACCCCCACUGUUCCGGGGUUAAGAUACCAGAUGAUGGAUACUCGGUCAACUUCAAAAUGGUGCAAUCUCCAGAGAUCCUGCUGGAAAUUUUCAAAAGUACCUUUGAGGACCCAUACAUGGUUAUUCGCAAGGAAUUUAACUGGCACGAGGAAAAUGUGGUUGGGCAGCGGUACUGGCACAGCAUUUACUUGCAGCUGCAUCUCAUCCAUGGUGCGAUGGAGGCACCUUUGUCCAAAGAAAUAUAUGCUGAAUCUUACGAGGAUUGGUCCACAUUUUCCUGCUACCUCACCGUGAUUGAGCGAGCCCUCCUCUGUCCUGCCUCACGAAACCAUACACUAGCUCUGAAAACGUGGAACAACUGGCUUGACGUGUCCACCUUCUUCGUCAGUGUUCCUAUGAAAAUGCACAAUAUAAGACUCGCAGAUGACGUGCUUAAUGGCAUUCGUAGGUCAAUGUGGAUUCUGAACAGUAGUUUCUGGGACUCGCAGAUUUUCAGCAAAACCUUUGAGCUGCACAAGUUAACCAAGCAAGCUUUUGCAAAUAUAAAGAACCGCAUCAAGGACCCAGAACUUCUGUCGUACGACUGGACUGAAGCGGUCUUGAGGGAGCUGCCCUGGAAAAAUAAGCGGAAAUUGCAUAUGCUGGCAAAAAUGAUUCCUCACUGGCAAGAUCUUGAUAUUAAGAAGAUCAUCAAGAAGAAAAGUGGAUUCGUCAGUUUUGCCUCGUAUUUGUCUGAGGCUCUAGAAUUCAAUGAGUUGCGUGCUGCCUGCUCUGACGUGUUCAAAGCUUGUCUUGAGCGUCUCAGUGAGGAGCAGUUUGUCAGGGAAUUUGUCCCAGUCGUAGAAGCCAGCUUGGCCAUCAAAAAACACCACAUGGGCCUGGUGAAUUACUGGCUGCCUGCCUUGGCCAGGAAAUACCCAGAGGUAUCAAAAAGUCUACAAGUUCAGGACAUUCAUGCCCGAAUGGCUCAUCUUGUUGUUCUGAUCAAGGGACAAGUUCUUACGUUGAAGGAUCUCUUGGCGCUUGUCGACGAGAACGGGGAAAUUUUCAUCAAAAGCGCACUGCAGUCCGAUGAUGUGGUGACAAGAACGCGUGCCAUGGUCGCUCUGCUGGGCGCUCCCAAUUUCCUCGCUCAACAGUCUGAAAACCGUGAAAUACUUGAGUCGGUGCUUGGCCUGCUGAAGGAGUUCCUCAGAGACAACAUCACCGUCGCCUCGCGGCCUUCAAGAAAUGUUUUCAUGGGACUCUUCCGGGUCUUCUUCUCCUAUUUGAGAGAUAUUAUGUUGCAAGCCAUGAAAGCAUCAAAAGAGAUCCAGUUCAAGCAAGCCAAAGAGACUGCCUCAAUUGCAGGAUUUUUGAUCUGGCUGAGGAAUUUCAUUUUGGUUGGUCUUGAACUCGGUUACGGCUACCAACGGUCAUACACGACGCUGUGUCUGCUGGAGACGGUCUUGAGCACCUUUGCCCCUCAGGAAAACAGUCUGAAGGCCAAAUCAGAGAAACUCAUUAGAAAGCUCAGGUUAGAAGGGUGCUAUUCAUUUCUGGAUGCGGAAAUGUUUGAGGCGUGCCUCAGGUGCGUCAUUUCCCCAGAUGAUGACUGCCAAGUCAUGGCUUCCUUCAUUCUGACAUCAAACUAUGAUUUUGAUAAGUCAACAGUCUCCCUGAGUGAAGUGUCUGAGGAGGCCCUGCUCUUGUGCAGUUCCAACAAAUUUUACAUUGUUGCCGGUGGUUCUAAUUUGUAUUCAACUGUCACAACACUCCUCCAGUCUGACACAGAGGAAUCUUUGAGGAAAAUUUUAAGCCGAGCCAAAGCUGAAUUUAGCACAUUGAAGGAGGAUUUACUGAAAGGAGCCAUGGAGAAUGGCCCAGUGUACGGAUGCCUGGAAAUUUUGUCCAACCUUCUUCGCUCCAUCGAAAAGCCUAGCGUCAAUUUGGAUUGUCUGACCGACAUUCUCAGCCUUGUGGAAGAGGUCAGCGAUCACUUUGUGAAGGUGCUCAACGCCAAGUCCUCCUCGCAAGAGUUUGCCUCAUCCUUUGAGGACAUGGACUGGGCCAUCGAAGCCGAGAUAGACGAAAACUAUUCUUUGGAGAACAAGACUCUGCACCUGUCGCCUCAGUUCCAAUACGCUCUGAACUGCGCUUGGCUCAACCUCAAGACUUGCACAGAAUUGGUGUCCAUCCUAGGCCAUAAAUUCUGCCUGUUGAAUAGCCCUGACGACGUGUUGUGGCGAUGCAGUGUCGUCAUCAUGUCUGUCCUACAAAAGUGCAGACACAAAGGAGCCUUCGAAGCCUCGGGAGUCGUUCUCGGCACUUUCGUCAAACACACUUCCUUGAUCGGAAGAGACAUUCACAAAAAGAUGCUGGAUAUUCUGAUGUCGACGCUGCAGCUAACAGGCGCGGAUGCACCGCCCCUGAGUCGUCGGUCGGCCGGUUUGGCGGUUGCAAUUCAUAAAAUCGUCGCCUUUGACGCAGACCCUGACAAGGAGCUGCUUCACGCGACGCUGGAGGUGCUGGUCAGCCCAACGGAGGAGCCAAAGGAUGAGGAGAGGAAACAGGCUGGCCUGGUUGACGAUAUCAAGACGCGCAAGAUGCAUGUGCUAUACGUUCUGACCUCUGACGCCAGCAUCAGCCAGCACGUCAACUGCCACCUGGAGAACAUCGGUCAAAUGGCCAUGUACUACCUCAACGCUGAUGACUGGGGAGUCAAAAACGCCGCAAUGCAACUUUACGGGGCCUUUGUGAAGAAGAUUGUGGCCCAGAGGAAGUCAAAACCGUCCGCCGAUGACGAGUUUGACCCUGAGCACAUUCUGUCCAGUGAGCAGGAUGACGCUGACUGGGACAUGAUGGGCAAUGGCCUCAUCGAAGAUCUGGUCGUGAGGUCGUCUUACCUUGUCACUCAAGUGCUGGCCAUCAUCAGGUAUCCACCAAGUGCUGAAGGUCAAUGCACGCAGAUUGUACCGUGCGUGAACAAGCCGGACGAGCACGUGAUCUGCUGUGUGCUGGGUCUGCUGCAGCGCCUGACGCCAGGUCCACCGGCCAUGUGGACGGAGGAGCAGGGCCACCUGGUCAACGACGUGUGCUACUACUGCUGGCAGCUGCUCGACCACCCCAGUUGGCUGGUGCGCAAGCAGGCCGGCGAGUGCGCCGUCGCGUUGGUCAACCGCUGCCACUACGCCUCCACCCUGCGGGCCAUCAGGGACGACCUGGAAAAGGCGUCGCGUAACAGGCUGCACGGACUCAUGAUGAUGGUCUCAAGACUUAAAAAGAAGUGCGCCUUUUUCAGGGAGGACAAGCGCAAGCUCGAGGCCCUGCUCAAGGACAUUGACGGGAAGAUUACCGCACGGCUGCUCGUUGAUUUAGCUGAUGGACGACAGAGUGCUUCUUGCCUGACCUACAAGUACGCCACCGUCGAAGGCGUGCAGAAGGAUGUAUUAUUGAAGCUCCUGCUACAUGUGGCUGAGACGCACGAGUUGAUGGUCGUGCAGAACCAUUGCCUGGUACUCCUGGCUUCAGAGUUGGUCGAGCAGACAAUGGUGCAGCAUGUGGAGUGGCUGCCCGAGAUCAUCGCCUUGUGCAGCUCCUUGGACAGCCUUUGGAGUGUCCUGGAACACCUUCUGCAGUGCCUGCUGCGGGUUGGUUUCGAGUCGGAGGCAGUCGCUGAGCAGUUAGAGAUUGCUCUUGAAUUUAAAAUUGGCUUAGGAGGAAGUAGACAUGAUUUGCUCGCCCUCAUGAAACCCAUCAUAUUGUGGAAGAGAAGACAUGCGGCUGGCAUUCUUGAAGAGCUCGCUGAAGAGAGCAUUUGGCAGAGGGGUACAGCACAAAUUUAUGCUGUUGAGAGCCGAAAAAACCACAUAAGAAUUUUGAGGAUGCUGAAAGAGAGCGAGUUUGUUGGAGAUGAAUUCGAGUCUCUGUCGCUGACGUAUUUGGCGUACACGGUUAUUGAGUUCCUAGCGCAAGGAGACGUGGAGGAGGGCAGCAAGUUGCUGUUGGAGCUGUCCAACCUCAUGCUCUCUUGCGUGGAAAGCAAAAAUGUGCCCGAAAUCGCGGUUGUCGGGCCUGCCCUUAGGGUCAUUAGCCCUGCGUCGUGGCAGCUUUGCUCAAUCCUACACCAGCGUCCAGAAAUGAUAGAAGUUGGGAAGAUAGUGCUGAAACUUACCCACCUACUGCUUUUGAAUCAAAACAACGAGGCCGUCAAAAGCAUCUGGCCGCUGAGAUCGAAAGAGUUGUACGUGUGCGGGAUCAACUCUAGCAAGUGUCUGCGAAAGCUAUACGAAUUGGCCCUGGAUCGGUUGCUGCCUGUUGAGGCGCUCGAAGAGUAUUUGUGGAGCUUGUUGUCCAUCGACCAGCCAUACCUAGCAACCGUCCUAGAAGAAGACUUAACCAGCCCAUUCAGCCACGUUGACGAAGUGGAGCUCGACUUUUUUGAGCACAUCAUCGGCGGCUUUCACUCCAUUUGCAAAGCGACUGACUCGAAAAUGACCAGCCAAGGUGUGCCAGCGGUUGAGGACGUUGAAAAGGAAAUCGGAUUUUUGGACGAGAUCCUACGCAGCAUCAGAGACCAAGGUAAGAAAAUCCGGGUUCCCAUCAUAACUAUUUACUUCAAUCUGCUUUUAUCUGCAGGCAAGGAAAAGCAGACGCAUUUGAGCGUGUCCGUGGCUAAACGCAAGCUGUGCCUUAAGGUGUUUCUCCUGGAGAAAUUCUACUCGCAGAACUUAACCGACAGACUUCUAUGCGGAAUCAGUUUGAAGAGCCUCACCAAACUCUUGGACAUUUAGAGCUGUGUUCAAUUAUAAAUAAUCGAAAUAAUACAUCCAUUGAAAACGAGAAAA